AUGAUUGAAGAAGGAGGGGAGGUGCAGAUAUAUCGGUGGUGGGCCUCACAGCCCACCCCGAACCUAGAGCUGAACACCCCAUGUCGGGCGGUAGUUAUCAAAAGGGAUAACUACCUGGAGUUAUCAGGACUCAUGACGGUAUCUCAGCCGCCUUCAACCUCCAAAGCACCAACCCCACCAGGCCCAACCCCACCAACCCCAACCUCUAAAGCCCCAACCCCACCAGCCCCAACCCAACCAACCCCAACCUCUAAAGCCCCAACCCCACCAGCCCCAACCCAACCAACCCCAACCUCUAAAGCCCCAACCCCACCAGCCCCAACCCAACCAACCCCAACCUCUAAAGCCCCAACCCCACCAGCCCCAACCCCACCAACCCCAACCUCUAAAGCCCCAACCCCACCAGCCCCAACCCAACCAACCCCAACCUCUAAAGCCCCAACCCCACCAGCCCCAACCCCACCAACCCCAACCUCUAAAGCCCCAACCCCACCAGCCCCAACCCAACCAACCCCAACCUCUAAAGCCCCAACCCCACCAGCCCCAACCCAACCAACCCCAACCUCUAAAGCACCAACCCCACCAGCCCCAACCCAACCAACCCCAACCUCUAAAGCCCCAACCCCACCAGCCCCAACCCAACCAACCCCAACCUCUAAAGCCCCAACCCCACCAGCCCCAACCCAACCAACCCCAACCUCCAAAGCAACAACCCCACCAGCCCCAACCCAACCAACCCCAACCUGGCCUCUAAAGCCCCUCGAAAGACACUGA